AGAGAUGAUUUUGAGAGGAGGCUUGAAAUCUCUGCUUCCCCAUGUGUUGAGAAGAGUAAUUCGAUGCAACAGACUCAGUAUUAGUAAUACUUCUGGAAUGGCAGAGGGCUAUAAACAGGCCAAUGUUGUGAUUUUGCACAAGUCACUGGCUGAUGACUUUGAGAAGUUCUGCCGUGCAAAUGAUGGACCCCUGCCACUGCUGCACAGAAGUAAACCAGGUGACUGGAAAUGUCCUUCUCUGAGUAGUGAUUCUGAUAUCAGAACUGACUGUCUGCAGUAUCAAGUGUAUGAGCACGGAGCUUGUACUGGAUCACUGACAAGCUUAAAGGAGUAUUCUAAACAACUAAAGGACAUGGUUACUUUUUAUUUAGGCUGCAGCUUCUCUUUUGAAAAAGCAGUCCAAAGUGCUGGCAUUCCCAUAAGAAACAUUGAGCAAAAAUGUAAUGUAAGCAUGUAUAAGACAGCCGUGCCUUGCUACAGCGUUUCUACUUUUUGCUGCAACUUAGUAGUCACCAUGAGACCUAUUCCUGAAAGCAAGUUGGAAGAAGCUGUGCUAGCAACAUCGAAAUUAAAAGAAGCCCAUGGAGCACCAAUUCACAUUGGUGACCCUGGUCUGCUGGGAAUACAAGAUCUUUCCAAACCAGAUUAUGGAGAUCCAGUUCACCUUCACCCUGGUGAUAUUCCAGUGUUUUGGGCCUGUGGAGUAACAGGAAUAGAAGCAGUCAUCAACUGCAGAGCUCCAUUAGCUUUUACUCAUUCCCCUGGCUGCAUGUUCAUUACUGACCUGAAGAAUGACAAUGUCACAGUCAGAUCCUCAAGAGAAGCCCCACAAGUUCACUGCAUUUCUCAAAAUCCUCUGCAUUAUAGUAUUGUGUCAGCAGAAGCAGCCCAAAAGAUAAAGACUCUAGAGACCCUAAUUGGAAUAGAUCCAGGAGAGCGGGGUAUAGUCCAUCUCCUGCAGCAGGGUGAGCUGCUGAGGGCUGGCCUGGCCAUCUCCCACGCUCGCUCUGUGCUGAUCACAACUGGAUUUCCUACCCACUUCACUUAUGAGCCGCCGGAGGAGAACGACGGGCCCCCGGGAGCCCUGGGGAGCACAGCCAUAUUGCAGGCCUUGGAGAAAGAGGUUGCCAUAGUAACAGAUCAGAGAGCCAUGCAUCUGUAUGAAAAGAUUAUUGAGGAGGCUGUUCAACUAGGAAUCUUGAAGAGACCUGUCCCUCUGUUGAGUUAUCAAAAGGAAAAUGCUGAUUCAGCCUUAAUGUUUUUGUGUGAGAAUGGGAAUCCUGGAAGACCUAGAUUUGAUCACCUGGUAGCAAUAGAGCGUGCUGGAAUGGCUGCUGAUGGCAAUUAUUACAAUGCCAGGAAAGUUAACAUUAAACAUCUAGUGGAUCCCAUAGAUGAACUAUUUUUAGCUGCACAAACCAUUCCAGGAGUCUCAACAACAGGUGUUGGAGAUGGAGGAAAUGAAUUAGGCAUGGGCAAAGUAAAAGAUGCUGUAAAGAAGCACAUAAAAAAUGGAGAUGUUAUAGCUUGUGAUGUUGAAGCUGAUUUUACUGUUGUGGCCGGGGUGUCUAACUGGGGAGGCUAUGCCAUUGCUUGCACUCUGUAUCUCCUCAGCACUUGUGAAGUCCAUGACCGCUACCUGAGGAGAGCUGUUGGGUUUCCACAGUUACCAAAGAAGGCUGCCUGGCUAUCAGCACUUCCAUCUGUUACCAAGGAAGAAAAGCUUCUGAAGACACUUGUGCAGCACGAGGUCCGCAGUGGAAAAACUGCCAGCCUAGAAAUGGAAGUGGAUGGACUGCCCUUCUACAACACCCACUCACAUAUGAUUGAAGAGCUGCUGCGAGAAGUGCAGCAGUGACUGGCCCCAGGGCUUUCUGCACCAGGAGUUGCUCCCAUGUUAAGUCCUAUUCCCUGGGCUCUAACAAAGUAUAAAAG